AUGUCUUUUUCAAAUUCGAAUAGAGGCGGCGGCAGGUUUGGUUACCCAGGAAGUAAGGAUUGGAUAAAUAGUAGCAAAUCGCGAAGGAAGAACUUUUAUUCAUCGUCAUCAACCGCAGCUGCAGCAGGAGCAGAAACAGGAUCCAUACCGAACUCAACUAUAUCUACAACGCCAUCUAAUGAAACUUCAACUAUACCGAAUUUGUCGCGACGAGAUUUCAAAAGUAAUGGGCCUGGGUCAUCAUCAUUAACACAUCUGAAGGACCCACAACCUGGCAGAAACGGAUCAUCUUAUUCAUCAAACUAUUAUUCAAACCUGACGUAUGGAGGCUAUGACAAUGGCCUGUAUCGUUCGGACAACUGGAGGAAAGCAAAUGGAGAGUCACGACGGCUGUCGGGAAGCCAGAAACCUACAUUAUCAGGAUCAUCCUCUGGAUCACUAACGUCAAACUCAUCACCCGGCAGUGGAUACAAGAAUGGGCGUUAUGACUCUUACUCGACAGAUCCAAGUUUCCAUGGCUCAAGAUGGAAGAGUGGCGGACGUAAUUUUGCCGCGUCGUCAACGAGAUAUUCAGCCAAAGAUCGAAUACGAAAUGGGAGGCCUUCUUUGAGCAACCUGUAUCUGCCCAAUAGCAAUAAUGUACCAUUAGGAUCAGCAUCAGCAAAAGGGCCCGAUUCAUUUAACCCAUCAACAAAUGUUUCAGGAUACAAAUACUACGACCCUCCAAAAGCUUACGGACCUUACUAUUCAAGCACAUACUCAAAGGAUAAAAGUUCAUCGCUUUCGCAACUGCGUCUUCCAUAUUCAAAUCCCAGGCCAUACAAAUCAAGAUACGGAGCUAGAUAUGGUGGAAGUACUUUGAUAAAUCCAACCGAGAAAAGAGCCAAGGAAAAAGAACUUGACGGCGACCAGGAUAGUCAGAUCGAUUAUGACGCUAAUGACGAUGUUGACAACAGUCGUAUUAAUAAGCAAACUGAGGAUGACACCCAAAGUGAAGUAACUGAAAAUGAGGAGCGAAGUCUCGAGAUCAAGGCACGUAUAACGCAAGAGUUUGAUGAAGCAACUGAAACGCAGGAGGAUAUGUCACAACCAGUGGCUGAGGAGAGUUUGGAACUGGCACGAACCUCUGCUGAACCAGAGCUGAAGGACGACUUGAUGAAUGAACUGUAUUUGAAGAAGGUGAAAAUUGAAACGCCUCCAGUCACAGCUGAAGUGGACACGAAAGCUUUAAUAGAGUAUGACGAGACAAGUGCAGGAGAUGGAUCUGAGGAUGUAUAUCGGUACCCACUUCCUGAGAUUCCAUGCAAGUAUGAGGAAAUGAAAAAGGAGUUUCAACAAUCGGAACAAAGCUCGUUGAAAUAUCUAUUGUCCACUCCAAUUGAUAAAUUGUCUGAUUAUCCAUUUUUUGUCAAUAAUUAUGAAGAGUUUCACAGAAAAAAAAGGGCGAUUCUUACAAGUAUAUUAAAAGAAAGAAACACCAAUGUUGAAGCUAAAUCCGCAGCAUUGUUGAAAGAAUACAAUGAAAUGCUGAAAAAAUGGGAGGAGAAGAGACUGAAAAUGGAUCAACAACUUCGAGUGUUGCACCCAUCAGAUGACGAAAUGAGAAGAGAACUCGAUUCAAGUGACAUGAGGAAACAAAAUCAGCAACAGCAAUCCGUUGGAAACAUUUCUAAUGGCUCACCACACGUUGGCUCUUUUGACUUGCCUACCGUAUCCAGUCGACGCAGUAGUAGAAGACAUGGGGAUUUAGUUACUACAGAGGCGGAAUUCCAAGAGAUUCUACUCACUUUGGGUCAACAACAAGAAGAUCCCCUUUUGAAAGCACAAAGAGUAGCAGCAGCUAUCCCAGAUAUGAUUUUGGAUCCAGUUGAGAAAAAUGAGCUUAAAUAUAUGGAUUCCAACAAUAUAGUCAAGGACACACAGGCAUGGGCCAAAAGAGUUGAUACAGAUUUCCACAACACAUUUUCCGAAAAGGAACAUGAAUUAUUUACAGAAGCCUUUUGUUUGUUUCCCAAACGGUUCGGUGCUAUAUCGAGGUACAUGGGUGGGUUACGAACUUCUGCCGAAUGUGUUCUCCAUUAUUACAUGACUAAAAAGAGUGUCAAUUAUAAGCAGUUGCUUAUUCAACGUCGUAAAGCUAGCAAAAAGGGCAAGAGGUUGAAAAGCACAAGUCGGCCAAAGUCCACACCACAACAUCCCGUGGAUCAAGUUGAAGGUUAUGGAGUAGCUCCCAAUAGCGAUGUGUCGGAAUUCAACUUGGAGACGGUUUCGGUACAGAAUGGUGUACCAUCUGAGUUGGAAACCCAUGUAAUGAUCCCAGUUGCUGAAUCUACGGAAACGCCAAUCGAAAAUGGUCGCAAAAAGCGUGUUACUGGAGCUAAAACCACGGAGAAGAGGAAGCAAAAGGCUGAUUUGGAGGUGACGGAAGAUGGGCAAAAGGCUACUGAAAAGAAGCGUAGAAAGACUGCAAAGAAGUCUGUGUCUGCUGAUGGAGUUGCAAAACCAGAAAAAAAGAAACGGGUCAGCAAGAAACAAGCAGCAGAAGAGGCUUUUGCAGCGGCAAGUGUAACACAGAGUGCUCCUAUGGUGAACACAGAUCUGACCAAAGUUUCUAUUGGUGCUUUGACCAAUGUUCUGAAUAGCUCUGCAUCGGCAAUCCAAUCUGAGAUUUAUACUGGAACUGCUCCAGUUACACUGCAAUAUGUGUAUCAAUUGCAACAACAGGUACCACUGUUUCUGCAACAACAGUAUCCACAAUCGAUUAAUGAGCAAAAGAUUCAACCACAGCAACAAUAUGACCAGCAACAACAAUAUUGGCAACUGCAACUGCAACUGCAGAAACAACAGGAACAGCAACUGCAGAAGCAACAGGAGCAGCAACAGCAACAGCAGCAGCAACAGCAACAACAACAACAGCAACAACAACAACAGCAACAGCAGCAACAACAGCUUUAUGCCCAAUACGCAAUUCAAUACCAACCGCCCCACCAAUCACGGCUGCCAUCUUUUGCUCCUCAACCUUCGGCCCCAGUAUUUCCAUCAAUACGAAAUCUACUCUCAGAACAAGAACCAGCAGUAUAUCAACAAGUCAAGUAUGCACCAGCUUCUAAUUCACAAAUACAACAAAUACAGCAACAACAACCCCAACCGCUACCACUAUAUCAACAAGCCGUACCUCAUCCGCAAUCAGCAACAGCGCAACAACAGCAACAACAGUCACAUCGCAAAAGCUCCAUCAUGAGCCUUUUAAACUCUGAUGAUAAACCAGCAGCAGCGGUCCCUCAGCAGAGAGCGAAAACCAAUUUACGUGACUUGUUAAAUUAG